AUGAAACUGUAUUGCCUGUCAGGGCACCCAACCUUACCAUGCAAUGUGCUCAAAUUCAAAUCAACCACCAUUAUGCUGGACUGUGGACUGGACAUGACUUCCACCCUGAACUUCCUUCCUUUGCCACUUGUUCAAAGUCCCAGACUGUCCAAUCUUCCUGGCUGGUCCCUAAAGGAUGGAAACGCUUUCUUGGACAAGGAGCUAAAGGAGUGCUCAGGUCAUGUAUUUGUGGAUUCUGUACCUGAAUUCUGCCUACCAGAGACCGAGCUGAUAGAUCUGUCUACAGUGGAUGUGAUCCUCAUCUCUAACUAUCACUGCAUGAUGGCCCUGCCCUACAUCACGGAGCACACCGGGUUCACGGGCACAGUCUACGCCACGGAGCCCACCGUUCAGAUUGGCAGGCUCCUCAUGGAAGAGUUGGUGAACUUCAUUGAACGAGUGCCCAAGGCUCAGUCUGCCUCCUUGUGGAAGAACAAGGAUAUUCAGCGGCUCCUGCCUUCUCCUCUCAAGGAUGCAGUAGAAGUCUCGACCUGGAGAAGAUGUUACACAAUGCAGGAGGUGAACUCUGCCCUUAGUAAGAUCCAGCUGGUGGGAUAUUCUCAGAAAAUUGAGCUUUUCGGUGCGGUCCAGGUGACUCCCCUAAGCUCUGGCUACGCCCUUGGAAGCUCCAACUGGAUCAUCCAGUCCCAUUAUGAGAAGGUGUCUUACGUCUCUGGAUCCUCCUUGCUUACCACGCACCCACAGCCCAUGGACCAGGCAUCUCUCAAAAACAGCGAUGUCCUCAUCCUGACAGGCCUUACCCAGAUUCCCACCGCAAACCCUGAUGGCAUGGUGGGUGAGUUCUGCAGCAACCUAGCACUGACAGUACGGAACGGAGGAAACGUGUUGGUCCCCUGCUACCCUUCUGGAGUGAUCUAUGACCUCCUGGAGUGCUUGUAUCAGUACAUUGACUCGGCCGGCCUCUCCAGCAUCCCGUUCUACUUCAUCUCCCCAGUGGCUAACAGUUCACUGGAGUUUUCACAGAUUUUUGCCGAGUGGCUUUGUCACAACAAACAGACUAAGGUGUAUCUCCCAGAACCGCCUUUUCCUCAUGCUGAGCUCAUUCAGACCAACAAGCUGAAGCACUACGCCAGCAUCCAUGGGGACUUCAGCAACGACUUCAGGCAGCCGUGCGUGGUCUUCACUGGGCACCCUUCCCUCCGGUUCGGGGACGUGGUCCAUUUCAUGGAGCUCUGGGGAAAGUCGAGUCUCAACACCGUCAUCUUCACGGAACCCGACUUCUCGUACCUGGAAGCACUGGCUCCCUACCAGCCCUUGGCCAUGAAAUGCAUCUACUGCCCCAUUGACACGCGGCUGAAUUUCAUCCAGGUGUCAAAGCUGCUGAAGGAAGUGCAGCCCCUCCACGUGGUCUGUCCCGAGCAGUACACCCAGCCGCCCCCGGCGCAGUCCCACCGCGUGGACCUCAUGGUGGACUGCCAGCCGCCCGCCAUGUCCUAUCGGCGCGCCGAGGUCCUCGCCCUGCCCUUCAAGCGUCGGUACGAGAAGAUCGAAAUCAUGCCAGAGCUUGCAGACUCGCUGGUGCCCAUGGAGAUUAAGCCUGGCAUUUCCUUGGCAACCGUCUCGGCUGUGCUGCACACCAAAGAUAACAAGCACGUUCUUCAGCCUCCGCCCAGGCCCGCCCAGCCCACAGGCGGCAAGAAGCGAAAGCGGGCGAGUGACGACAUUCCAGACUGCAAGGUUCUGAAGCCUCUGCUGAGCGGCUCCAUCCCCGUGGACCAGUUCGUGCAGACGCUGGAGAAGCACGGCUUCAGCGACAUUAAGGUGGAAGACACAGCCAAGGGCCAUAUUGUCCUGCUGCAGGAAGCUGAGACCCUCAUCCAGAUUGAGGAAGACUCCACCCACAUCAUCUGUGAUGACGACGAGGUGCUCCGGGUCCGACUGCGGGACCUGGUCCUCAAGUUCCUUCAGAAGUUCUGA